AUGUUCGGCUUCGUGGAUUCAAGGACUGUUCUGCUACUUGUAGCAUCCCAGGUUGUUUUACUCGCCGUGGUCAGAUGUCAGGAAGAAGACGACCAGGAGGCAGGUGGCUGCAUCCAGGACGCCCAGCAGUAUAAUGAUAAGGAUGUGUGGAAGCCAGAGCCGUGUCGUAUCUGUGUGUGCGACAGCGGAUCGGUUCUGUGCGAUGAGAUAAUCUGCGAGGAGAUCAGAGAGUGUGCCAACCCCAUCAUCCCAUCUGGAGAGUGCUGUCCCAUCUGCCCUGCUGAUGCCAAGACAUUCGGUGCUAAGGGCCAGAAAGGUGAACCAGGAGAGAUCGCUGAUGUUGUAGGACCAAGAGGACCAGCCGGCCCUGUGGGCCCAUCUGGUGAGCAAGGAGUGCGUGGAGAAGCUGGUGCCAAGGGUGAUCUGGGAAAUGUUGGACCUCGAGGAAGAGAUGGUGAGCCCGGUAUCCCCGGUAACCCCGGACCAGCUGGGCCACCCGGACCACCAGGGCUUGGAGGGAACUUUGCUGCUCAGAUGGCUGGAGGCUUCGACGAGAAGUCCGGAGGUGCUCAGAUGGGUGUGAUGCAAGGACCAAUGGGUCCUAUGGGUCCUCGUGGUCCCCCUGGACCUUCCGGAGCUCCUGGACCUCAGGGAUUCCAAGGUGGACCCGGUGAGGCUGGAGAGCCUGGUGCAGCAGGGCCAUUGGGACCCCGUGGAGCAUCUGGACCUUCUGGAAAAUCAGGAAGUGAUGGAGAGGCUGGCAAACCUGGCAAAGCUGGUGAGCGUGGACCUGCAGGGCCUCAGGGCGCUCGUGGAUUCCCUGGAACUCCUGGACUUCCUGGAAUUAAAGGACACAGAGGUCACUCUGGUCUGGAUGGAGCUAAGGGAGAGAAUGGUGCUGCAGGAGCCAAGGGUGAGUCUGGUGCCUCUGGUGAAAAUGGUGCCUCUGGGCCGAUGGGACCACGUGGUCUGCCUGGUGAGAGGGGACGUCCUGGAGCUUCCGGAUCUGCUGGUGCCCGUGGAAAUGAUGGCUUGCCCGGUCCUGCUGGUCCACCUGGACCUGUUGGUCCAGCUGGAGCUCCCGGUUUCCCAGGAUCCCCAGGAUCCAAGGGAGAAGCUGGUCCUACUGGUGCCCGUGGAACUGAGGGCGCACAGGGCCCACGCGGAGAGGGCGGUACGCCUGGAUCUCCCGGACCUUCCGGAGCAUCGGGUAACCCUGGUACUGAUGGUAUUCCUGGCUCCAAGGGAUCUGCUGGUGCUUCAGGUAUUAGUGGUGCUCCUGGAUUCCCCGGGCCUCGUGGCCCACCUGGACCACAGGGAGCUACAGGACCUCUGGGGCCAAAGGGACAGUCUGGAGACCCUGGUAUUCCCGGAUUCAAAGGAGAAACUGGACCCAAGGGAGAGCUUGGACCUUCUGGGCCUCAAGGUCCCCCUGGCCCAAGUGGUGAAGAAGGAAAGAGAGGCGGCAGAGGAGAGCCUGGCGGUGCUGGACCACUCGGACCUCCAGGAGAGAGAGGAGCUCCCGGUAACCGUGGUUUCCCUGGUCAGGAUGGUCUUGCUGGUGCUAAGGGAGCCCUCGGUGAACGUGGUGUUCCUGGUGCUGCUGGGCCUAAAGGUGCUACUGGAGACAAUGGACGCACAGGAGAGUCCGGCCUUCCCGGAGCCAGAGGUCUCACUGGUCGUCCUGGAGAUGCUGGUCCUCAGGGAAAACUUGGAGCCUCAGGAACCCCUGGUGAGGACGGUCGCCCCGGCCCACCUGGUCCUCAGGGAGCCCGUGGACAGCCCGGAGUGAUGGGAUUCCCUGGACCCAAGGGAGCCAAUGGUGAAGCUGGAAAGGCAGGAGAGAAGGGUAUCGUAGGUCGUCCUGGUCUGAGAGGUCUGUCUGGAAAAGAUGGUGAGACUGGUUCUUCUGGACCUUCUGGGCCUGCUGGGCCUGCUGGAGAGAGAGGAGAGCAAGGAAUGCCUGGACCUUCUGGCUUCCAGGGUCUGCCUGGACCAUCUGGUUCCCCAGGAGAGGGUGGAAAACCUGGAGACCAGGGUGUUUCUGGAGAGGGCGGAACUCCUGGUGCUGUUGGACCUAGAGGUGAACGUGGUUUCCCUGGUGAGAGGGGUGGUGCUGGAUCUCAGGGUCUUCAGGGACCUCGUGGAAUUCCUGGAACACCUGGAACUGAUGGACCCAAGGGAGCCAUUGGACCAAAUGGUGCUGCUGGACCUCAGGGACCCCCCGGCCUGCAGGGUAUGCCUGGAGAGAGAGGAGCAGGUGGCAUCUCAGGACCCAAGGGAGACAGAGGUGACAACGGACAGAAGGGACCCGAGGGUGCUCCUGGAAAGGAUGGUUCUAGAGGUUUGACUGGUCCCAUUGGUCCACCUGGCCCAUCUGGACCAAACGGUGCUAAGGGUGAGACUGGACCUGGUGGACCUACUGGUGCUGGUGGUGCUCGUGGUGCUCCUGGUGACCGUGGUGAGGGCGGUCCUCCUGGACCUGCUGGUUUCGCUGGACCUCCUGGUUCAGAUGGUCAGCCUGGAGCCAAGGGAGAGCUUGGAGAGUCUGGACAGAAGGGAGAGGCUGGUACUUCUGGACCUCAGGGACCAUCUGGAGCUCCUGGACCUGUGGGACCUACUGGUGUAUCUGGACCUAAAGGAGCUCGUGGUGCUCAGGGAGCUGCUGGUUCCACUGGAUUCCCUGGUGCUGCCGGCAGAGUUGGAUCUCCUGGCCCUAAUGGUAAUCCUGGCUCUGCUGGUCCCGCUGGUUCUUCUGGCAAAGACGGACCAAAGGGUGCUCGUGGUGACAGCGGCUCCCCAGGAAGACAGGGAGACCCUGGUCUGCGUGGACUUGCUGGCCUUCAAGGAGAGAAGGGAGAGGCCGGAGAGGAUGGACCACCUGGUGUUGAUGGACCUUCAGGUCCAGCUGGUCUCGGUGGAUCCCGUGGUAUUGUUGGUUUGCCUGGUCAGCGUGGAGAGAGAGGCUUCGCCGGUCUCCCUGGACCUUCUGGAGAGCCUGGAAAACAGGGAGGUGCUGGUUCCGCUGGCGACCGUGGACCUCCUGGACCUGUCGGACCCCCUGGACUCACAGGACCUGCUGGAGAGCUUGGAAGAGAGGGUACCCCUGGAUCAGAUGGACCUCCUGGUAGAGAUGGAUCUGUUGGAGUCAAGGGAGAGCGAGGUAACACCGGUCCUGGUGGCGCCCCCGGAGCUCCAGGAGCCCCUGGUGCCUCUGGACCUGUCGGACCUCUCGGCAAGCAGGGAGACAGAGGAGAGUCUGGCGCCCAAGGACCUGCAGGAGCCUCUGGACCCGCUGGUGCUAGAGGAAUGGCCGGACCCCAAGGACCUCGUGGAGACAAGGGAGAGGCUGGUGAGACUGGAGAGAGAGGACAGAAGGGUCACCGUGGUUUCACUGGUCUGCAGGGUCUCCCUGGACCUCCUGGUUCCGCUGGAGAUUCUGGAAGUGCUGGACCUGCAGGCCCAAGCGGCUCUAAGGGACCUGCUGGACCCACUGGACCUGCUGGCAAAGAUGGAUCCAACGGUCUGCUCGGACCUAUUGGACCACCCGGACCUCGUGGUCGCUCUGGAGAAUCUGGUCCAUCUGGACCUCCUGGUAACGCCGGGCCCCCCGGUCCUCCUGGUCCUCCUGGUCCUGGCAUCGACUUGUCUGCCUUUGCCGGUCUGGGUCAUUCAGAGAAGUCCCCUGAUCCUCUCAGGUACAUGAGGGCCGAUGAGGCCUCCAGCUCCCUGAGGACGCACGAUGUUGAGGUCGAUUCCACACUCAAGUCCCUCAACAGCCAGAUUGAGAACCUGCGCAGCCCCGACGGCUCCCAGAAGAACCCUGCUCGCUCCUGCAGGGACCUGAAACUGUGCCACCCUGAGUGGAAGAGCGGUGAUUACUGGGUUGAUCCCAACAUUGGCAGCACCGCCGACGCCAUCAAGGCCUUCUGCAACAUGGAGACCGGACAGACCUGCGUCUACCCAAGCAUCGCCAAGGUGCCCAAGAAGAGCUGGUGGACUAGCAAGAGCAAGGACCGCAAACACAUCUGGUUCGGAGAGACCAUGAAUGGAGGAUUCCACUUUGACUACGCACAGGAGGGACCUGCUGCCAUCGCUGCCAGCGUCCAGCUGACCUUCCUGAGGCUUCUGUCCAAUGAAGCUUCCCAGAAUCUCACUUACCACUGCAAGAACAGCGUUGCCUACAUGGACCAGACCACAGGCAACCUGAAGAAGGCUUUGCUGCUGCAGGGCUCCAACGAUGUGGAGAUCCGCGCAGAAGGCAACAGUCGCUUCACGUACAAUGUGUUGGAGGAUGGCUGCAAGAAACACACAGACCGGUGGGGCAAGACCGUCUUUGAGUACAAAACACAGAAGACCUCCCGUCUGCCAAUCGUAGACAUUGCUCCUAUGGACAUCGGAGGAGCGGAUCAGGAGUUUGGAGUGGAAGUAGGAGCAGUCUGCUUCUUGUAA